AGAAAUAGGAUUAAUAAGUCUGUGAGCAGCAGCAUGUUGCAAAGAACAAUGGAGAAAGCAGCCCUUCCAAAGGAACAUGGCGGAACUCUGAGUGAGAGCAAAAGUUACAUGAGUUUAAGGACUUGAUUUAAAAUAUCAGACAUCCCAAUCCAGAUAAUAUCCUAAAAUCAAGACUAGCGAUAAUCUUUCCAAAACCCUUUCACAAUCAUAAUUCAAGAAUUAACUGUUUAGAUCUGGUUUUCCCAGUAAAAUGUAAAUUCUGAGAUGAUAGGAACUUUGCCUGCCUUCUUAACUUUCAUCACAGUAUCACCUGAAUGCAGCAUAAUGACUUCCAUUUGGUAGAUUAUUAGUUAAUUAAUAAUUAAUAUUUGACCAAUGAAGAAAGUUAGGAAUUUUGAGUUCACAUGGUACAAGGCAAUACCACAGCUCACCAUCAGUCCUCUAGGGUUGGUUAUACAUAAUUGUGGUUAUAUUAACUACAGAGUAACUUACAGGAUCUCACUGCAAAAUCCUUUCUUUCUAUGGUUUCCAGAUAGUUCCAGUGUCCAGAUGUCCUAGCUGCUUAUCUCCCAGAAAUCCAGCUCUGUUUCACUAUGGAGACCUUGACCUGUAAUGGAUCGUUGGAUGGCUCAACGAUCUUCUACCUGGUGGGCAUUCCCUCUCUGCCAGAGCCCUUCUUCCUUCCUGUGUUUUUUAUUUUCCUUUUCUUCUAUCUUCUCAUCCUUAUGGGGAAUGCCCUGAUCCUGGUGGCUGUAGUGGCAGAGCCCAGCCUCCACAAGCCCAUGUACUUCUUUCUAAUCAACCUCUCUGCUCUGGACAUCCUCUUCACCACAACCACUGUGCCAAAGAUGUUGUCCCUUUUCCUACUUGGGGACCACUUCCUCAGCUUCCCUGCCUGCUUACUGCAGAUGUACCUCUUCCAAAGUUUCACAUGCUCUGAAGCCUUCAUCCUGGUGGUCAUGGCCUAUGACCGCUACGUGGCUAUCUGCCGCCCGCUGCACUACCCUGUGCACAUGACCCCCCGGACCAAUGCUGCGCUGGCCGCCGGUGCCUGGAUCACUGCCCUCUUCCUACCUAUCCCAGCAGUAGUGAAAACCUCCCACAUGACAUAUAAUAACAUUACUCACAUCUACCACUGCUUCUGUGAUCAUCUGGCUCUGGUUCAGGCCUCUUGCUCUGACACCACACCCCAGACUCUCAUGGGCUUCUGCAUUGCCAUGGUGGUGUCCUUCCUGCCCCUUCUCCUGGUGCUUAUUUCCUACACCCACAUCCUGGCCUCGGUGCUUCAUAUCAGCUCCCGAGAAGGACGCUCAAAGGCCUUCUCCACCUGCAGCUCCCACCUCUUGGUGGUUGGGACCUACUACUCAUCCAUCGCCAUUGCCUAUGUGGCCUACAGGGCUGACCUGCCCCUUGACUUCCACAUCAUGGGCAAUGUGGUAUAUGCUAUUCUCACACCAAUCCUCAACCCCCUCAUCUAUACUCUGAGAAACAAGGAUGUCAAAGCAACUAUUACCAAAAUCACAAGUCUCAAGAGCCACUCUGGGAUAGGAACCCUUGACAUUUAG